GACGACACACCAACAAUCGUCAACCUGUGGAUAGGGCGCGCGCGGUGCUCUGUUGUCUCCACUGCCACCCUCUCCCCUCUGACACCGAGCCCGACCCUCGGACAUCCAGGACGCAUGAACUGGGAGAGGGUGCCGGUUCGAUUCCCGAGCGGAGGAGAGGAACCGCAAAAGUUGAGGGGGUCGUGCGCCAUCCCCGCUUCAUGAAUGGCCGGAACAUGGAGGAGAUGCCAUUCGAAAGAGUCAAGACCCGGCGGAGGAAGGGUCACUGCCCGGCCGGUGCACCCCUGGGCGCCAUCGCCUGCGAGGACGAGUUCAAUAGCCAGGAGCUGGAGGCUCUCUUCCAGAACUACAACCUGAAGCUGGAGCAGACCGCCACCCUCAAAGCGCUGGCGGUGCUCAUCGUGGCAGCGUCGUCGCUGUCUCUGGUGGAGCUGCUGUCCAGCCCGCGUCUCACCUUGUCCAAGGGCUCCUACCCGGUGCACUGCGUGGUGUUCUUGUCGCUGUUUAUCGUCACUAACGUCAAAUACCUGCAGGUGACGCAGCUGCAGCAGAUAGCGAAGCUGGCCCUGCUGUUCAGCUUCACCUUUGCGCUGCUCUGCUGUCCGUUCCCACUGGCGCUCGGCACGUCGGAGCUGCUGAGCGCCGCUGCCCCUGAGCAAGGCGUGUGGCAGCUUAUGCUGGUCACCCUCGUGGCUUACGUGCUGCUGCCGGUGCGAACGCUGCUGGCUGUGUUGUUCGGGGUGAUGCUGGCAACGUCUCACUUUAUUGUCAUAGCGACGUCGUUCACGGGAAGGAAACAGAAGCUGUGGAGACCGCUGGUGGCCAACGCGGUGCUGUUCACCAGUGUCAACUUGUCGGGGGUGUUUGUGAGGAUUCUCACCGAGCGCACCCAGAGGAAAGUCUUCCUACAAGCCCGCAACUGCAUUGAGGAGCGGCUGAGACUGGAGGAUGAGAAUGAGAAGCAGGAGCGUCUGCUAAUGAGCCUUCUGCCCAGGAAUGUUGCCAUGGAGAUGAAGGAGGACUUCCUGAAGCCGCCUGAGCGGAUCUUUCACAAGAUCUACAUCCAACGUCAUGACAAUGUCAGCAUCCUCUUUGCAGACAUUGUGGGUUUCACCAGCUUGGCUUCUCAGUGCACUGCUCAGGAACUGGUCAAACUGCUCAAUGAACUUUUUGGGAAGUUUGAUGAACUGGCUACAGAGAAUCACUGCAGGCGGAUAAAGAUCCUGGGAGACUGUUACUACUGUGUGUCAGGACUGACCCAACCCAAGGCAGACCACGCCCACUGCUGUGUGGAGAUGGGACUGGACAUGAUUGACACGAUUGCGUCUGUGGUGGAGGCGACAGAGGUGGAUCUGAACAUGCGUGUUGGUCUGCACACAGGACGGGUGCUGUGUGGCGUGCUGGGCCUCAGGAAAUGGCAGUAUGAUGUCUGGUCAAACGAUGUCACACUGGCAAAUGUGAUGGAGGCCGGAGGGCUGCCUGGCAAGGUGCACAUCACAAGGACCACCCUGGAGUGCUUGAAUGGAGACUAUGAGGUGGAGCCAGGCUUCGGUCAUGAGAGACAUGCCUUCCUCCAAAAACAUCACAUAGAGACAUUUUUCAUUGUGCCAUCACACAGACGUAAAAUCUUUCCAGGUCUUAUUCUGUCAGACAUCAAACCAGCCAAGAGGAUGAAGUUUAAGACAGUGUGCUACCUGCUAGUGCAGCUGAUGCACUGUAGGAAAAUGUUUAAGGCUGAGAUCCCCUUCUCCAACGUCAUGACCUGUGAGGAUGAUGACAAGCGGAGGGCCUUGCGGACUGCGUCAGAGAAGCUGAGGAGUCGGACGUCCUUCUCAGCCACCGCCGUGCAGCACUCGCCAGGAACACGAGUCAACCGCUACAUCGGGCGGCUCAUUGAAGCGCGGCAGACCGAGUCAGAGACAACAGACCUCAACUUCAUCACUCUGUUCUACAGGAGCAGAGACAGGGAGCGCAGGUAUCACCAGGUGUAUGACGACCAUUUCAUCAGUGCAGUGGUUCUCUCUCUGAUCCUCGCUGCUCUGUUUGGCCUUAUCUAUUUGCUAAUGAUCCCACAGGGGAUGCUGGUGCUGCUUCUGCUGGUGCUGUGUGUGUGUUUCCACGUGGCCUGUGUCAUGUACCUGCAUCUUACCAGUGUUCAGUGCCAACCGGGCUGCCUCACCAUCCAGAUCCGAACAGUGCUGUGUGUCUUCCUUGUUCUGCUCACCUACUCUGUUACCCAGGCCUGUGUGGUGGGAUGUGUUCCUUGGGGGAGAGUUGGGACAAACUCCAGCCUCUUGGUGGAAGAGGUCUCCGCAGAUGCCAACAGCACAGCAGCGGACAGAGCUUGUACAAACAUGGCAUACGCCCUACUGUCCUGUGUGGCUGGCACCCUCACUCUUGUCCCCUACCUCCGAGUCUCCUCACUCCCCAAGAUCCUCCUGCUCCUCCUCCUCUCUGUCACCUACACUGUUGUCAUGGAGACCAGUGGCUAUCGCCAAGCUGUGGGGGGAGGGUUUCUCCACACACGGGGGUACGAUCCUGUGUUGGCUGCCUUGCUGUUUUCUGGAGCGCUGGCUCUGCAUUCAAGACAGCUGGACCUGAAGCUGCGGCUCGACUAUCUCUGGGCCACUCAGGCGGAGGAGGAGAGAGGCGACAUGGAGAAAGUGAAGCUGGAUAACAAGAGAAUCCUGUUCAAUCUGCUGCCGGCUCAUGUGGCUCAGCACUUCCUCAUGUCAAACCCCAGGAACAUGGACCUGUACUACCAGUCCUACGCUCAGGUUGGAGUGUUGUUCGCCUCCAUCGCCAAUUUCAACGACUUCUACAUUGAACUGGACGGGAACAACAUGGGCGUCGAGUGUCUCAGGCUGCUCAAUGAGAUCAUCGCUGACUUUGAUGAGCUGAUGGACAGAGAGUGCUACAGGGAUAUUGAGAAAAUCAAGACUAUUGGCAGUACAUACAUGGCUGCAGUAGGGCUGGUUCCUACAACUGCCUCCAAGGUGAAGAAGUCGAUCACCUCACAUUUAUGCACAGUGUCAGAUUUUGCCAUUGACAUGUUCGACGUCCUGGAUGCCAUCAACUACCAGUCUUACAAUGACUUUGUCCUAAGAGUAGGUAUCAACGUGGGACCAGUGGUGGCAGGAGUGAUCGGAGCCAGAAGACCACAGUAUGACAUUUGGGGAAACACAGUGAACGUAGCCAGCAGGAUGGACAGCACUGGAGUACAAGGAAAGAUACAGGUGACGGAGGAUGUUCAUCGUCUCAUCACAGACUACUACAACUUUGUCUGCCGGGGCCAGGUCAGCGUGAAAGGCAAAGGUCAGAUGCUCACGUACUUCCUUGAAGGCCGCAGACAAGGCAGCCGGCCAUCUCAAAUCCAGCAGCAGUCCAGCAACGCUGAGCGCCGGUCGAGCGCGUUCGCUCAGGGCAGUGUGUGCACAAGGCUGAGCCCUGCCCCUACCGUCACCACCUACGGCAUCACCAGGACCCCGAGCCCGAGCACAGCCAAGCCGACCACCUCCACCAGCACCACCAGGUACCUGCCCUCUGUCCCCAUGGCAACAGUGUGACGGAUCUCCAUGGUGAAAUAAGAA